AUGGUGCAGCCCAUGUUUUCACCGUUAGAUAUAGUUAAUAGAUUUAUUUAUAAAAUCCAACGACAACGUCUUUUAAACUAAGAAUUCUCUGUCCUCUGUCUCACAAUAACAAUUGGUGAAAUCGAAACCCCAUUUCCCUUCGUAUAGCUUCUUCACUCGAACACUUUCGAAGAAACUUUUCAUUUAUCUCUUUUAUUGCAAUCUCUGAAUAUCGUUCCAAAUUUGAUUACAACAUUCACUCAUGCUUCGAUUUCUUUCAAAUGGGUCAAAUCUUUUUCAGCAUUUUUCAUUCACCCAAGUAAUUAUAAAAUCCUUGCCAAUUUUCACUCCCGCCACCUAUUCGACGAAAGUCCCAGCCGAAAAUGAGGUUGAAUUGCAAAAAGUUAGUGACAAAUGGAAGGAUACUACUGAAGUUUUGAGUAAAUGGGGUUGUGAUGAUGAUGAUUUGACGAGAAUAUUCACUCGUUGCCCUUCAUUACGCAAUUCGGAUCCUUCUCAGGUUCAGUCGAAACUUUGCUUGCUUAGUGAUUUGGGUUUAGGGUCAGCUGAACUUGUGAAGAUUAUCAAUUGUAGGCCUCGAUUUUUCAGGACUCGUAUGAACGUUAAAUUCAACGAGAGGCUUGACUCUCUUAUGACAUUGUUUGAGUCAAGGGAAAUGCUUCAUAAGGCCAUUGCAAGAAACCCUUCAUUGCUAUGUGAAAAUACCUAUAACAUUGAAAGUAUUGUUGCACAGUAUGAAGAGUUGGGUGUGACGAAGAAGGACUUGGUUCAAAUGCUGAUUUUGCGGCCGACGAUCAUCUCGAGGACUUCCUUUGGCGAUGAGAAGAUAGAAUAUAUAAGUAGGACCGGGGUUUCUAAGGAUUCGAAAUUGUACAAAUAUGUGGUGACAUUAAUAGGCAUCUCUCGCCUAGAAACGAUUCGCGAAAAGGUGUUGAAUUUCACAAAGUUUGGUUUUUCGGAGGAUGAGAUACUUGGUCUUUUUGGGAAGUGUCCUCAUAUUUUGACAUUGUCAACUGAUAAGGUUCAGAGGAACAUGACUUUUGUUUUAAGUACAAUGAAGCUUGAAGCUGAGAUAAUCUUUAAGUGCCCAUAUCUCUUGUUUGCAAAUAUGGAGACUAUUUUGAAGCCACGGGCGCUUGUAGCAUUGAAGAUACAAGAUAUGGAUUCUAAGUUUAAAAUACCCUCAAUACUCACAGCAUUGAGGAUGUCAGAGGAGAGGUUUUUAAAAUUGUUUGUCAAAUGCCAUGACAAGGAAAUUGCUGAUGAAUUAAUGGAAUUUUAUAAAAGGACAAAAGAGGUUAAGAGAUUAGCGGCUUCAUCAAGGAAAUUUACUACUAGAGGAUUCCCUUUCUGAAUUACUUUUAUAUGCUUUGAAAUAAGUUUAGAGCUGAAGUUGAUUUCUAUUUUGUGGUAAUUAUUUUUCUGAUGAUUAAUAUUAGUUUCUCUGUUUGUCUAAUUCAGAAUGAAGAUUUUUCCAAUUAGUUUUAUGACAAUGCACUGAUCCUUAUGUAUGUUUAAAUUGACCCCUAUUCCAUAUUAAAUAAGGAAACAGAUUAUUCUAUAAGGAUGUGUGGAAAAGAAUCCUAAAAGAUAACUUUCAAUGAUUCAAUGGGAUUGUUCUAGAGGAAGCAUGUUAGCUACAUAAGUGAUAAGAGUGUGUACAAAUAUACUCUUUUUAGUGAGAGGUUCCUGGUUCAAUUCUUUUGUGAAAAAUGAAUUUCUCGGAGAGAAGUCAUACUGUUGUUGUUCUGUUGGUUUUGACUCUUGAACAGGAUUGUCUCUUGUAGGAAGAUUAAUGUGGAUUUUAUCCAAAAAAGAGAUAACUUAACACUCUAACAUGAUUUAUGAUAGAAUAAUAAUGCGGGGAUAUAUUUCUCAGGCAUUGUAACAUUCAUAAUCAAAUUAAAUUUUCAGUAGAUGGAAGCAAAAUGGGUUUUACAUUAUGAUCAAGCCCAAAGAGAUCUUAUAGAAAGGAGUGUGUUAGGGGUUGGGAAUAUACACAUGUAAAAUGCAUUCAUUGGCCUAGCGAUAUUUUUUAAGGAAUACACAAGCAAAUUCAAACAUCAACAUGCUGUUAUAUCUGAGAUUGCUUUCUCCUUGCUGCAUACAUCUAUCUACUACUGCAUUAAGGAAGGUUGACUACUGCUGUUUGGCAUUUUCUUUCUGCGUGUUUUAUUUUCCUAUCUGUCAGCCAGAAAGGCUCUCUACUUAAAGGUGAAAGAUUGUUCUCUGAGGGAACUGAAAGAUUUUGUUAGCUAAGCUGUUAUGUCUGCAACCCAAUUCUCUUUUUGUACGGACCACAUUACUCUUUGUAGUAACCAUAAUUGUUUCCAUAAUUUCUGUUAAUUUAGAAUAUGACCCUGGUGAAGAAGUAGUCACCAUGGGGGCUAUAGGCUGAUAUUAAGCCUAUUGCACCUGGCAAUUUGAUGCAAUAGGUGAUGAUGUUAUGAUUCACUUGUAUAUAAACUCAUGAGGUUGCAGCUUACGGUCUUUGUAUAUGGCAAAAUUUGCAUGUUUGGUUGUUUUAUGCUGAAGGAGAAACUUCUCUUGUCCUUUGUUCAUAUUUGUAUGAUGCUAAGUAGAAGUUAUAUUUGUGUUGUGCUUAUGUUUUUCUCCAUGUGAAUUUAUUCUGUACUGAAUUUGAAAUUCAGUAUUAGAAAUUACAGGGGAAAUGUAGAGGGGAAUAAUGAUAUCAAUAGAGGAAAGCCAAGUCGUCAUCAACAAUUGGUUAUAACAUAAUGGAAAAGAAGCACGUCGAAAGAAGGGUGUGUGAGGAUAUGAGGUGUAUAAGAAGAAAAGGACAAUAGGAAAUGCAUGAAAAGUGUGAGGUCGUAAUUCGUUUCUCUAUCUGGACUCUCCUUCUCAAUAAUCUCUCUAAUUCUUCUAUCUUUAUUGUACUCAUUCUAGCUAAGUUGUGUUGGGAACGCGGCUUCUGGAAGGUGUUAUGUUGCUCAGACUCUUUACUCUCGGUUAAUUUAAUCAAGGAGGGGGUCACAUCACACCAUCGCUUUGCAAAUGAGAUUCAUCGUAUUAAGAAGCUUUUAGCCAAGGAUUGGGAGGUGUCUCUUUCACACACCCUUCGGGAGGGAAAUCCGUGUGCGGAUGUAUUGGCUAAAUUGGGUGCUAGUUCUCACUCGUCGUUGGUAAACAUUUCUACUCCGCCUAUCGAGUUAAUUAGACCACUCUGGGAUGAUGCUUAGGGUGUAGAGUUUAUUAGGGAGUAAAUCCCUUGUUUCUUUGUUUUUUCCUUUUUCUUCUCUUAUGUAACUUAUCUUGCUUCAUCAAUUUGUGUCAA